UCUUUGGUUUCCGAACUUCCGGAAGAACCGAUAUUUCACUUGUCAGGGCCGAAAUAAACCCUAAUAACCGAAGUCCGAUUUCUUUUCGAUCUUCAAAGUGAGUUCAUGGUUAGAUCUUCCUCUGUUUGAAUCUCUGUUUCAUUUUCAGGUUUGGCGGGGUUUCAUGAGCUUGGUGUUUCGUUGCUGACAUGGCGAACUGUAUAGGAAGAGGAAACCCUUUGAAUGGUUCUGUAUAUGUUUGUAACUUGCCUGAUGGGACUGACGAAAAUAUGCUUGCUGAGUUUUUUGGCACCAUUGGGUUGCUAAAGAAAGACAAGAGAACUGGUCGGCCAAAGAUAUGGUUUUAUAGAGAUAAAGUCACAAAUGAGCCAAAGGGAGAUGCAACCAUCACGUACGAGGAUCCACAUGCGGCACAGGCCGCUGUUGACUGGUUCAAUAAGAAGGAUUUUCAUGGAAAUAUAAUUGAAGUCUAUAUAGCAGAAGCCAAAAAUAAAGAUGAUGUUUUGUAUAACUCAGGGCAGCAAAUGAAUCUUGUGGAGGAUCCAAUUGUUGUUGGUGAUUUUGGCGGACAAGAGGAAGAUACUACUGACGUGAAUGGUGGUGAGGGAAGAGGUAGAGGUCGGGUUGAUGCUUCAGGAAAACCAUGGCAGCAAGAUGGAGACUGGUCAUGUCCGAAUACAAGCUGUGGUAAUGUGAACUUUGCUUUUCGUGGUGUGUGCAACCGCUGUGGGAGUGCUCGUCCGUCUGGUGCAUCUGGCAGUAGUUCUGCGGGAGGUGGUCGAGGAAGGGGUCGUGGUGCUGAUGAUUCAGGAGGUCGAGGACGGCCUGCUGGUGCUCCAGCAGGUCUUUUUGGACCAAAUGAUUGGGCUUGUCCAAUGUGUGCAAACAUUAACUGGGCUAAGCGAACAAAAUGCAAUAUCUGUAACACCAACAAGCCUGGUCACAACGAAGGUGGCGUAAGAGGAGGACGAGCUGGGGGUUACAAAGAACUUGACGAAGAAGAGAUUGAAGAAACUAGGCGCCGGCGAAGGGAAGCCGAACAAGAUGAUGGGGAGUUAUAUGAUGAGUUCGGAAAUCUCAAGAAGAAGUUUCGUGCUAAAACACAACAAGCAGAAGCUGGACAAGUACUCCCUGGUGCUGGUCGAGCUGGAUGGGAGGUUGAGGAACUAGAAAGAAAUGGCAGAGAGAGAAGCAAAGACAGGGCAAGGAAUCGUGAUGACAGGGAGAGCAGCAAGAGUAGGGAACGUGAUGGUUACUCCAGCUCUAGGGAUUAUCGUCGUAGCAGGAGCAGAGACAGGGAAAGAGACAUGGAAGAGAGGGGUAAAGACCGGGACCGAGAUAGACUCCGAGAUUACGAUCAUGACCGGAGCAGGGAAUAUGGACACGAGCGUGACAGAGAUAGGGACAGGAACCGUCACCGAGAUUGGUAGUACCGGUUUCACACACAAUACACUGUUUUUCUUAUGUGGCUUGGAUUGUUGCGUACUGUUAGUUCCGCGGUAAUGAGAUUGGUACCGUCACCGAGAUUGGUAGUAACGGAUAUGCUAUUUUUCACACCCAGUACACUUUUUUGUUAUAUGUGGCUUGGAUUGUUGCGUACUGUUAGUUCCGCGGUGAUGAGAAUGUUUAGGAAGCAAACCAGGUAUUUGAUCAGCACGUUUGGCUUAGUUCACGAUGGAGAUACUAGUUUGUUUUUUUGCGUAUGAAAUAUUCAAAUUUAUAU